AUGUCGGUUAACGAGUUUAUGCACCCGAGAAAUCUAUAUCGGCAAAAGCCCAACUUCCACCUGCUGGUUAAACAAUUUCCCGAGCUUAAUGAGGUGGCCAGUGUGGACUUGGCAGGCAAAGUAAAGCUUGAUUAUCGUAAAAAGCAUGCUGUUCAUUUGCUAUCAAAGUGUUUGCUUUUGCGAGAUUUUGGCCUGAAGCUGGAACUUCCAUCGAACAAGUUAGUUCCGACGCUGCCUCUUCGACUGAACUAUAUCCACUGGUUGGAAGAUAUCGGUGCCAUAGCGCAGUGGCCAGAAAAGGAAAAAGUUCGUGGCAUUGAUAUCGGUUGUGGUGCUUCCUGUAUUUAUCCGUUGCUUGCAGUGGUAUUAUCCCAGCAACGGUGGCACAUGGUUGCGAUUGAAAAAGCGGAAGACAGUUUGGAAAGUGCCAAAGCCAACGUUAUGCGGAACGAGCUGCAAAGUUGCAUUAACGUACAACCACAAAGCCUGGAAGGGAAUACAAUUCUGCUGGACGUGCUGAAGAACUUUCCCGGGGAACGUUUCGACUUCUGCAUGUGCAAUCCACCGUUUUUCGAUAGUAAUUUCAACGAACUAAAGCCACACGAUCGUACCGGAAAGCGGCGGGAACCUUCGAACGCUAGUACCGGAUCGCUCGAGGAACUAUGUACGGAGGGUGGAGAGGUGAAGUUUAUUAAUCAAAUUAUAGAUGAAAGUCUUCAGCUAAAGGAUCGCGUUUCGGUGUACACAACGAUGAUAGGCCAUAAAAGCACCUACGAUAAGAUAUUGCAUUCUCUUAAACGGGCGUCCAUACAUAACGUUACCGUGAGCCGGUUUUGUCAGGGCAAUACGACACGAUGGGCCGUAGCAUGGAGUUUCGAUGCGAAGCUAUUGCUGUCGCUAGUUCCUAACAGUCUUCAUUCGACAAACGAAACUGAUGCGUCUCCGGGGAAAAAGAAAGCGUUCGGAAAACCUGUGGCAUGCAGAAUUUUCAGCACUAGCGGUAUGGACUCAAUUCAAGCGGUUAAAAAUUGUAUCCUCUCCAAGCUUCAAGCAAUUGCGAUCGACGUGCGCACUGUUGUUGAAACGAAUAAAACGGAAGGAACCAUAUUGGAAAUUACCGCACGAGAGAACACGUGGUCGCAUCAGCGGAGAAAAAGACGAGCCGCACAAAUCAGUCCUAACGGAGCGAAGGGAAUAGAAACUACGAACGGAAAUGACACAGAGCAACAAAAUGGUCAAAAAUAUACCGAAAAGAGACCACGACUCGAUGAUGAGCUGGAUAUGAGCAGCUCCCACCAGACAGUUUCUCACACAGACGAUCCUUAUUUGCGAGCGGCAUUAAACAUCCAGCGCAAAGAGGAUGGUUAUUAUUUGGCGCUUCAGUACGUUGGCGGUAUUGCUGGCAAAGAUGCAGUUAAUCAGAUUCUACAGUACCUUAAAAAUACGGCGAGAGCAACACCGGUUGCAGAAGUUACCACAGAUGUCGGUAAACAACAGGGUACCGAGUGCCCCCAGAAUAGCUUAUGUUAG